AUGUCCUUGGAGUCCGGCCCUGGUAUCCACAAGGCCACAUUUGACACGAACGAAUACGUCUACCUCCAGCCAGUCCAUUACGACCCGAUCCAUGAUUUUGCCUUCUUCCGCUAUGACCCUGCAGCAUUGAAGCACACCCAGCCGAAGGCAAUAAGGCUGUUUCCCGACGGUGCUAGACCUGGUGUUCCAUUCCAGCUCAUUGGCAAUGCAGCCGGGGAGAAGAUGACGGUGUGCGCAGGCACACUAUCCCAGGUCAACCGGAAUCCGCCUAUUCUAACUGACGGCUAUGACGUAAACACCUUUUAUUGCCAGGCAUCAACCACUUCUACAGGUGGUGUCUCUGGCUCGCCGCUCUUGGACAUCGGCGGCAAUGCCAUAGCGCUGAGUGCAGCAGUAUCUCGCGAGUGGUGUAUUCGCUCGGAGUAUGUGAGGCGUGGCGAACGCACCCCCCGCGGGACUAUCCAGACAGCGUUUCUAUUCGAGUCGUACCAGGAGGCGCAGCGUCUGGGACUGCCAGAGCAGGAAAUCGAAGAGUCUCGCCUGGCCAACCCCAAGUCGGAGGGCAUGAUAGUUGUUGACAAGGUUCUGCACAAGGGCCCUGCAGACGGGGCCUUGGAAGUCGGCGACAUUGUCAUUGACAUGGACGGCAAGCCCAUCUGCGAUUUCGUUGGCUUGGAGUCGGUGCUGGAUGCCAGCGUUGGCUGCACUGUUGAGUUUGUCGUCUGGCGCAAGGGCAAGCUGGUUCCUGUCACUGUUUGUGUGCAAGACAUGUAUGACGCCACACCUACCCGGCUACUCCACUUUGCACUGGCUACGCUUCAUGACAUGUCCCUUUCGCUGGCUCUAAGCCAUUCGUCUGUGCUCACCGGGGUUUUUAUUGCAGGAAGCACUACCAUGUUCCUUGCCCACUUAAACGGGACUCCCACACCGAAUCUCACGGCACUCUUGGAUGCAUUCCGUUCUGCUCCGGGUGGCCAACACGUGGUAAUGAAGGUUGCUAAUUAUCAGAACACACUCGACUAUGUUGUGGCUACGACGAGCCUGGCCGAGAACAUGGGUCCUGUUAGACUGUUUACAUGGAGCAUGGAGAGCGGAUUCUGGUCGGUGGAAGACGUCGAGAUGCGAUGCAAGGAGGCUGGCAGCAAUGCUUCAGAGGCUGCGCUAUUGCUACCAACAGCUGAUGUUAUCCCGCGUGCCCUGUCAAGCGCCCACGCCAAUCUGCACAGUGUUUGGAGGAGCAUAGUCCGUAUUACCUCAGCAGCAUGUCUCCCUGCUGAUAACUGCAGUGGGGGAGCCGCGUCAGAUACAGGGUUCGUGCUUGACAGGUUGGCUGGCAUCGUCGUGUGCAGUGCCAGCGCAUUCCACGGAUCGGCAGCAAAUGUGCUGAUUACCAUACGCAACACCCUUCAGGUGUCUGCAACGGUUGUCUAUGUCCAUCCGCUGUACCCAUUGAUCCUCCUCAAGUACGACCCUUCUGAUCUCGGCCCCGCUGCAGAUGCCCUGGUUUCCGAUCUUCCAGUCGACACUAAGUACUGGUGCGGGGAAAGCCGCCUCACGGUUGGCCAGGAGAUCACGGUUCUUGGCACCAAUCCGUUUAUGCAGCCCCAGGUCUUCUACAGUCGGAUUGUUGACCGGUAUCUCUACGAGGGCGAUAAAUCCUGCAAGGAACAUGACGCUACCACCUCCUCGGGUGCCAUUUGCAAUUCGGACGGCCAUGUACUCGGCCUCUGGAUCCAGCUACCGCUUUGCUACAAGGACCACCAUCCGAAGGUAUUCACUGGUGUUGAUCUGGUUCAUAUCAGCAAGCUCGCUGAGAGGAUGAGAUCCAGCAGCGAGUAUCCAGACAUUGUACGGACGCUGAAUGCCCGUCUUUCCAGGAUCUCGCUGGCCGAAGCCAGAGGAUACGGGCUUUCUGACAAAUGGGUUGCGCGAAUCCUGGCAGUUGCAGACUGCGAAAGCUCUGUGUUCCUGGUCAAGCAGCUGGACAUUCCGGGUGCGGUGGAGGCGCCGGGCGUUGAAGUUGGCGACAUAAUCCUGAGUGUUGGCAACAAUCUUGUUCGCCGGAUCGAUGAUGUUGCCAUUUCUGGCCAGGAGAUAGCUGUCGCUGUCAGCACCACCCAUCCUUGCGAGACCAAUACUCGCCGCUACUUGUACUGGGCAGGGCUGUUCAUUCAGGAGCCAUAUGUGUCUGCGUACCGCUCAUCAGCCUCGAUCCCGUCGACAGCUUUCACGUCGUUUUAUAAAUGCGGUUCGCCAGGCGAGAAUGUGGCCGUUAGCAGUGGUGGUUUCAUCACCGAGCUCAACAACGAGGCAGUUGAAACCAUCGACGACCUUAUCAGGAUCAUCCGCACGCUGACCCCGUUGCAGCCGACAGGACUUGGCAGACGUGUCACUACGGUUCCUGGGUGUGAUGUCAAGCUCAAACUGGUCGACAUUAGAGGCCAGGUCUUUGUCCGCAAGUUCCGCACUGACGACCACUACAUGCCUGGCUGGCAUAUGAAGCGCGGUGGUGGCAUUGACGCCAAGUGGGUGCUAGAGAGCUUUUAG